GCCUACAGGAGAAUGCCCUUCGGAUUGUGCAAUGCUCCUGCCACUUUCCAGAGAUGCAUGAUGUCGAUCUUUACUGAUCUUAUUGAGGACAUUAUGGAGGUUUUUAUGGACGAUUUCUCAGUCUACGGUUCUUCAUUUAGCGACUGCCUUGCUAAUCUGUGCAAGGUGCUGGAAAGAUGUGAGGAGAAGAACUUGGUGUUAAAUUGGGAGAAGUGUCAUUUCAUGGUGAAAGAUGGCAUUGUUUUGGGUUUCUACAGGAGGUUUAUCAAAGACUUCUCUAUGAUAGCGAGGCCACUCACCCGUCUGCUGUGCAAAGAAGCGAAGUUUGUUUUUGAUGCUGACUGCCUCGCUGCGUUUCAGAUUCUCAAGAAGUCUCUAGUCAGUGCUCCCAUUGUGCAGCCACCAGAUUGGGACUUGCCAUUUGAAAUAAUGUGUGACGCAAGUGAUUACGCGAUUGGAGCUGUUUUGGGGCAGAGAAAAGACAAGAAACUCCAUGUGAUCUAUUAUGCCAGCCGAACGCUUGAUGAUGCUCAAAUCAAGUAUGCUACCACUGAGAAGGAGUUGCUGGCAGUAGUUUAUGCUUUCGAGAAGUUCAGGUCCUAUUUGGUGGGCUCGAAAGUAAUUGUGCACACAGAUCAUGCAGCCUUGAAGUACCUGAUGACGAAAAAAGAUGCUAAACCGAGACUCUUAAGGUGGAUCUUACUGCUACAGGAGUUUGAUAUUGAGAUCAGAGACAAGAGAGGAGCAGAAAAUGGAGUGGCAGAUCAUCUUUCCCGAAUGAGAGUGGAAGCUGAAACACCACUGGAUGAUACAUUACCCGAGGAGAAUGUCUAUGUGAUCACCUUGCUGGAGGAUGAGUAUUUGGAUCAGGCUGAUUGCUGUGCCAUGAGACAAAUUCAGGAUGAUCUCCCAUGGUUUGCAGACUUUGCAAACUACCUAUGUGCUGGAAUUGAACCACCGAACCUGAAGGGAUAUGAGAGGAAGAAGGUAUGGGGAAUUGAUUUUAUGGGCCCUUUCCCAUCUUCUUAUGGAAAUGAGUACAUCUUGGUUGCGGUUGAUUAUGUCUCCAAGUGGGUGGAAGCAGUAGCCAGCAAGACAAAUGACUCUAGUGUUGUCAAGAAAAUGUUCAAGACAGUCAUUUUUCCAAGAUUCGGGAUCCCGAGAGUGGUUAUUAGUGAUGGAGGCUCUCACUUCAUCAACAAGACGUUCGAUAAACUGCUGAAGAAACAUGGAGUAAAGCAUAAGGUAGCUACACCUUAUCAUCCUCAGACAAGUGGGCAGGUUGAAAUAUCGAACCGAGAAAUCAAGGGGAUUUUGGAGAAGGCUGUAGGCAAAACAAGGAAAGACUGGGCUGUGAAGCUUGAUGACGCCUUAUGGGCGUAUAGAACCGCCUACAAGACUCCCUUGGGCACCACUCCUUUUAAUCUGGUCUAUGGAAAGUCUUGUCACCUACCUGUGGAAUUGGAGUACAGUGGUUUUUGGGCAACGAAGUUGAUGAACUUCGACAUUAAAACCGCUGCAGAAAGGAGGAUGGUUCAGUUGAACGAGCUGGACGAGAUUCGGUUGAACGCCUAUGAGAACACCAAAAUCUACAAGGAAAGAACUAAGGCAUGGCAUGACAGAAAGAUAAUCCCGAGAGACUUCGCUGCUGGAGACAAAGUCCUUCUGUUCAACAUAAUGCCUAAGAGACAGAAGAAGCAGGGUGAGCGUGGGGGUUCCUCGGUACAGACUGGUAGGCUCAGCACAAAGGGCAAGUUCCGAAAGACGGAUAGGUCUCAUCCUGCGAAUCGAGAGAUAACCCAGCAGUGGGAUAUACAUGAUGAUGAUUUCUAUGAGCAGAUGAGGGGAGUGGAAAUAUGUCCGUCGCGCUUCGCUCACAGAGACACUACAGAUGCAUUGGGGAUAACCGAGGAUAUUGAAGCCUUGUUCGAGAAGAUUGGCCUGGGAUACAUCUUCGAUCUCCACUGUGAUUGCUAUGCUGACUUGACCAGGCAGUUCCUCGCUUCAGCCCGCCUCUACCAUCCUGACGAGGACAACCCAGUUGCUGAUAAGGCGAUGUUCUCCUUCAUUGUGAACAGGCAGUUCCACUCCAUGACCAUCUUUCAGCUGUGCGACGUCUUUGGGUUCGGGAAAGGACGUCAAUCUUGUGUUCCUGACUUCCCGGAACACAAUGAUUUCUGGACAUUCAUCGCUUCAGGAAACUUCAUCUCUCGAGAGGCCAAGCAAGUCUACGGGAAGACAGAACCCGCUGCAGUGACAAAAGAUGAGCUAGCUCUUCUGUUCAUCGGGGCUGGACACCUAUGGCCUCAAGGCGCAGACAUUACCUAUGUUAGCGGAAAGGACAUAAACAUAGGAGCUGUGAUAGCGGAGAAGCUUGCGUACUCUAAAGUUUCAGAUACGAAGAGAUGUGGGUUUGGAGCGGUUAUCACACAGAUCUUAAGGCAUUGUGGAGUGUUUCUUCCACCUGUUGACAGAGUGGUGGAUAAGAAGGGGAUGUAUCAGAACUUUUUCGACAUGAGAGCACUCAUUAGCAGCCACUACCUCACCGGCCCUUGGCGAGGAAGCAUCGACAAGUCCGCCCCUCAUAUCUACCAGUUCCAGAACCAACAAGGGAGAGAGCAAUUUGUCAAGCUACCCGAUACCGCCAUCACCGAGCUGACUGAUCCAGGUGCUAUCAUAUUUCUACCACCGCCUGCAUCUCUCUGCACCAGACCCGCGACACUGAAGAAGAAAGGAGUCGCAUCAUCAUCGACACACCAGCAGACACCACAUGAUGAUAUAGAGGAGGAACCUGAAGAUGAGGAAAGUCUUUUCCCCACGGAUUUCACUCCGUAUAUGCUGCCACCAGCACCUCCCGCUACUGCAUCCGCUGCUGAGAUCAACGCUUGGUCGAUCAAGAGCCAUCAAACCAACAACUCCAUACUGCUGAAGAUGUGGAAGGGAAUCUGCAACAUUAAGAAGGGAUGCGCAUCACAGCCAGCUGUUUCUGGAGAUAGCGAUGACGACUCAGGCGCUCACGACACCGCUGCUGGACCUGAGGCAGCGGAGGACUCUGAUGAUGAUGGAGCCUUGGAGAGGCGCUCCAAGAGGCGUACUGACCGCAACGCCUGA